AUGGCGAACGGCUGGAGCAUUUUCAUCGGUCUUUUCAUCGUCGGCGCCAUGUGCGCAGGCGCCUGGUUCUUUGCGCCAAAGGGCGAGAACCAAGUAUUAUGGAGAUCGUCGCUCAUUCUCGCUUUCGUCAGCUGCUACAUGAUGUGGGCGAUAACCUUCCUCGCACAGCUUCACCCUUUGAUCGAGCCGAGACGAUCCGACCUGCGUAAAGCGUACAUCCACGAAUGA